CAGCGAUAUUACUCCAAACAUCCAACAUGCUAUUUCCCUUCCUAUCUUCUACAUCAGCGUCCUAUGUGAAAUCACGGGCGAGGUAUCGGAGAUGUCACCAAAAAGUGCCAUGGCCUAUUCGCCAGCGUAAUCGGCGAGUCUGAGCACCAAUUAUUCCAAUCUCGUCUGGUGUUGCCAUCUCCUAUGUUGCACAUAAAUCAAAUAUCUUUGCAAAUGGGCCGAUUGAUUCUAUCAAUGGGUGCUACUAGAUGCCCGCCUUCAGCUCAGCUGGCAAGGCUAGAUGGGAAUCAUUUUUCCCACCUGAGAUCUUCCUCCUGACUUCUGAAGCAUUUCACUCCAUCCGCAGAGCAAUCAACAGACUCACAUCCACUAAGACUAUCAGUUCAAUAUGCCGGAGCCUUACCAUCCGUCAAGACCUACGACGACAGAUGAUCUUGUUGAUCGCUUGAAAAAAACGCCAAGUACGAAAGAAAGGGAGGCGUUGGAGGCCUUGGUAUCGCGCAUGGUUGAAUUAUUCAAAGAUCAUCAGAAAGAUUCAUUCAUCAUCGAAGCAUCCGUGAUUUCCGAUGUUGCCUCCAAGCAGGACUGCCACGAUCUCGUCUACGCCUUCUCUCGAGCGAUCAUUACUGGGACGGCAGAUGGGAAUGUGGUCAAUGCAACGCUACUGAUGUCAUUCGCUUCUUGCCUCGGUCAUAUGAAGUUCAAAAUUCCCAAAGAGAUCGCGCAGUUUGCGUCACUACUCCGGAGUCUGAGCAAGCAGCUGACAAUCACAACCAAUAGCGGCCAGCCUCAAGAUCGUUACAAUCUUCUCUGCACGAUUGGCAAUGUUUUGGACGCAAUGGUGGACAUGAAGUUUUCGGGGAUUGACCGGGAAGAGCUACACAAGCCACUGUUGGAUAACCUUCAUGCCCUGGGAAAGAGCGAUGAGCCUCGAACGUCACAGGCAGCAAGAUAUGCACAUCAGGCUCUGCUCAAAGUGCCUGAUAAUGAAAGUCCGUCGGGUGCAUUUUGUCGCUAUAGCUGGACUAUCAUCAAUGCGACCACAAAGGUGGCCAGUACUACGUCCCUCAUCGAUCUAGGUGUAUUUCUGGAAGCUACGGCUGAUCACAGACCCGUACUUAACUUCCUCAAGAAGAUUGGCAACAUGGCAAAUUAACUGUAAAGUCUCUCAAAAGAGGGCAAAGAGGCAUUGUUGG